UAAGUUUCGCUUUCCUUUCUCGGUCUCAGUGAGGUAGAAACAGAGGCAGGGCAUGAUAUAUAAAAGCCAUGGCACUGAAGUGACUGCAUCCACACGAGCAGACUUGUGUGAGACUUCAUCAUGUUGUUUUACUGGGGAGAAACUGUAAAACCGGACGGAUUUGGUUUAGUGAACGCUGACAGUGUGAAAUUCACGGACACUGGCAUCGGAUCCCUUUCUCCCAGAUCCAGGAUCGGAGAUGUGUCUUUGGGGAAGAGUCUUUUAGGAUUUAUCCGCGGGGAAGGAAACGCGUCUGUCAUGAGACUGAGCAUCAGGGAACAUGGCACGACUGGAAAGCUGAAAGCGUUAGACCUGAAGAAAGAGAAAAUCAGACUGAUCAGCUGUGGUGAAACUGAUGCUGUCCUUCUGACAUAUGGAGGCAAAGUACUUUCUUUGGGGAAACCUUAUGUUUGCAGGCCCAUCAAGGAGCUCUGCAAUAAAACUGUAAUUCAGGUUGCAUGUGGGGAUCAUCACUUCAUGGCACUGUCAAAUGAUGGUCAGCUGUUCACUUGGGGUCAGAACUCGAGCGGUCAGCUAGGUUUGGGGAAGGAUAAGCCGAGCUCUACGUCUCCCCAGCUCCUCAAAUCUCUGAGUGGGAUCCCAAUGGCUCAGAUUAGCGCUGGAGGAGACCACAGCUUCGCCCUGUCUCUCUCCGGAGCCGUGUUCGGCUGGGGCAGGAACAGCGCCGGACAGCUUGGUCUGGGAAAUACAGAGGACAUGUACAUUCCAACCUGUGUGAAUAACCUAAGCCAAAAGAAAACGAUUUCCAUCUCAUGUGGUGAGGAACACACUACUACUCUGUCAAAGGGAGGAACAGUUUUCACGUUCGGAUCAGGUCGUUACGGACAGCUUGGACAUGAUUCAUUACAAGAUGAACUUCAGCCUCGUGUGGUUUGUGGGCUCUGGGGUUUAAACGUGUCCCAGAUCGCAUGUGGGAGGCAUCACACUCUCGCACUGGUCAAAUCUUCAAACACAGUCUACUCAUUUGGGUGUGGAGAACAAGAUCAACUGGGAAAUGGGCAGAGGACCAAUCAGAGUGUGCCACUUCCUGUCCAGCUGCCACCAGAGGCAAACAAGAACCAUAAAGUUGAGAGAAUCGUUGCUGGUGGGAAUCAUUCCUUGGUCAUGUGCUCUCCUCAGAACUCUGAACCUGAGCCUAACCAAAGGAGGGAGAUUGUGACAUUAGGGGACAGAGUGAUUCACAGAUUGGUGACUGAGUGUGAGUCAAAUCAGUGGAGGACAAUCAAGAAGGAAAUAAAAAGAGUUUUCUCAUCUCCAGCUUGUUUAAAUGGGAGCUUCAUUAUAAGAGGUUGCGACAGACAUUACCAAACAUCCACACACUUCUCUGGUUUGGAUAUGGAAUCGGUGAAAACUGCCUUUGACCGGUUGGCUGAGAAGGAGAGAGUAUUAUGGGAGCUAGAGAAGGUGGUGGAGAAAGAUCUUCUUCCCUCUCUGAGUUUUACUGCUGCUGGUGUGGAGGCUUUAAGAGUUUUUCUCAUCCUGCCUGAACUGCUGAACAAACUGGGACACAAGACAAAGCUCACAGAGUCUUAUGCUUCCGCAAUUUUAAAUCUGGAUCCCUGUAUGCUCACGACUUUAGAGAACUUCUGGUCCGAACUCCCAGAAACCUUCCUUAGAACAAUAGUGAAACUUUUUCAAACUUCAUCUGCAAAAUUGAUAUCUGAGAUGACCUAUGACUAUAGCCAACAAACUAACAUGUAUCCACUCUUACGUGAAUCAUUGCAAGUUCUUCAGAUGCUCCACAAGGCUUCCUGCAGGAACCAAGGAACACUCACACCUGGAGAUUUCAUCAUCAUUGAGGUCAACGAGUUGUUUGACAUGUUACAUGUUCUUCAGACGGACAUCAAUAAUUAUUUUUGGAAUGGAAACCUUAAUGCGAUGAUGGAACAAAAACAGCACUAUAUGCAAACCUUAACACUUCUCAGCUCAAGUCCUUUUAUCUUUAAUCUGGAGGCUAAAUACAGACUUCUAAAGUUCAGAGAAUCUAUGGGACCAUUUACAAUGACGUUAAGACGCACUGCACUUCUGGAGGACUGUUUCCAAUCAUUGAGAGAUGCAAGUGAACAAGCGCUGAAGGGCUGGCUGCAGGUGUUGUACUGUGAGGACUUCAAACAGAGCGACGUCAAUAAGAGGGACUUCUUUCACAAUGCAUUUAAAAUGCUGCUGGACCCAGAAUCGAAAAUGUUCAUGUACAAUGACACAAAAACACUCAUCUGGUUUCCUGCUGAGCUCAGCUUACCAGAGGAGCGAUACUUUUUUCUUGGACUCCUGUGUGGUCUGGCCUUUUACAACAACAGUGUUGUGCACAUUCCCUUUCCUUUGGCUUUGUUUAAAAAACUUCUCGACAUCAGACCUACUCUGGAGGAUUUUGCUGAACUGAGUCAUGUCCAAGCACAGAGUUUGCAGUACAUACUGGACUACAGCGAUGACGAUGCUGAGAACAUGGACAUGAUCUACACUAUCAUUUGGGACGACAAGCAGGUCGAGUUGGAUCCAGAAGAGCCCGGAAAAGCUGUGACGAGCUUAAACAAAAACGUGUUUGUGGACACAUACGUUGAUUACGUCCUGAACAAAUCAGUGGAGCGGGUGUUUAAUGAGUUUAAGAGAGGCUUCUACAAAGUGUGUGAGAGAAGCAUGGUGAACUUAUUCCAGCCAGAAGAGCUCAGAGGAGUGAUGCUGGGCUCAGAGGAUUACGACUGGGACGUACUCAAAAAGAACGCGACUUACGAGUACGUAUUUGACAAAGAACACCCGACAAUUGUCUUGUUCUGGGAAGUGUUUGAGGAACUGUCGAACCAGGACAAGAAGGCCUUCCUCUUGUUCGUGACUGGGUUUGAUCGAGUCCCCAUUCUGGGUAUGGGGCAGGUGAAGCUGAUCGUGCGACCCCUGUUUAACUCCACACAGGAUCAUCUGCCCCAGGCCCUUACAUGUCAUACCAUUCUGGAUCUCCCCAUAUACCAGAGAAAAGAAAUAAUCCAAAUGAAGCUCACUGAGGCCAUACACCACAGAAGAGGAUUCUGGGAAGAAUUUCAUUUUAUCGGUUUGUUUAAACUCACUUUCUCGUGUAUCAGUUCGACCUGGGACACUGUUACAGACAGGUCAUCUCUACCUCCUGUGAGAUUCGGGAUGCUUUACUGGGGCAAACUGAACUCGACAGAAAAUGACUCUACACAUCAGAGGAUGGACAAUGACUCUGGACAUAAGAAGAUGGAUAAUGACUCUGGACAUAAGAAGAUGGACAAUGGGUUUAGUGGCAUGUUCCGCGCGACGGGAAUCACGGACGUGUGCAUGAGAGAGGGGCUCGUGACGUUCCUCAGGGACACGGACGGGAAAGUCACCGUCGUGACGUCACACAAAAAAAUAGAUCUGAAGAAGGAGCGAAUUACAUUAUUGAGUAGUGGAAAGGAGCAUGUUUUACUUGUGUCUGAGACAGGGACGGUGUAUGAAUGGAAAUGUUCAGGUCAAAGCAACAUACCCAGGCCGUUGGGCAGCUUAACUAACAGACAAAUUGUGCAAGUCACAUGUGGAAACUAUCACUCGAUUGUCCUAACAAAAGAUGGUCAAUUGUUCACAUGGGGUCAGAACUCGAGAGGUCAACUGGGUCUGAGAAACAAUGAGCCGAAUUUUCCUUCUCCUCAGCCCCUCAAGUCUCUGUGUGGAAUACCAGUGGUUCAGAUCAGUGCUGGAGGAGACCACAGCUUCGCCCUGUCUCUCUCUGGAGCCGUGUUCGGCUGGGGCAGGAACAGCGCCGGGCAGCUUGGUCUGGGAGACACUAAUGAUAGACAUGCCCCUGUUUGUGUGAAGAGCUUGAACCAGAAGAAGACAGUGUUCAUCUCAUGUGGAGAGGAUCAUACUGCUGUUCUAACAAAGGGUGGCUUGAUGUUGACAUUUGGAUCAGGACAGUAUGGGCAGCUUGGACAUAACUCAGUCAGAAAUGAACAUCAGCCUCGUGUAGUUGCUGAAUUCUGGGGGUCCAAAGUGUCCCAAAUAUCCUGUGGACGGCAUCACACUCUGGCCCUGGUUGAAUCCUCAAACACCAUCUACUUCUUUGGACGUGGAGAUCAAGGACAGCUAGGAAAUGGACAGAGGGCCAAUCAGUGUGUGCCACUUCCUGUCCAGCUGCCACCAGAAUAUAGCUCUGAUCAGAUGAUUAAAAAAAUUACUGCUGGAGGGAAUCUUUCUGCCCUUUUUAUCUCUAAAAUGGAUGCUGGUCAAGCAAGUGCAAAUCUGAAAUCAUGCAAUGGCCCAACAGUGCUGGACGAUGAAACCGUUGACCGCUGGAUUUCAGACUGUAACCCAAAAGUAUGGAAAAAAAUCCGAAGGGAAAUCAGGAAAAUGUUCUCAUCAGCAUCAUGCAUCAACGGUAGUUUCACUGACAAAAGCAGUGACAAACAUUACAAAACAUCAGUAGAGAUGUCUGGCCUGGAUUUGUCAUUGCCUCGUCUUGCUUUUGAGAAGAUGGCCAAAAAAGACAAAGUUCUAUCAACGGUUGAGACAACUGUAGAGAAUGAUCUUCUGCCCUCUUUAGGCUCGACUGCUGCUGGUGUGGAGGCUCUGAGGGUUUAUCUCAUCCUGCCUGAACUUCUCAGAGUGCUGAAAAAACAAGGACGUGGCACACAGCUCACAGUCUCUCUGGCGUCUGCCAUCUUAGAACUGGAGCCUGAGUCAAUGGAUGUCUUGAGCAGCCUGUGGACCAACCUGCCCUACUACUACUACAGAACUCUGGUGAAGAUGUUUCACUCGGUGUGCGCUCACUUCCUGUCACUGAUGACGACUACAAUAUGUGACCACUGGACUGAAGUAGAGCCUGUGCUGAAGGUUCUGCAGAAGCUUUGCAAUAUUAACAGUCAGAGAGCUGUCCAGUUGACUGAGGAUUACUUCCUUAUCAAGAACUUAGAUUAUUUUUUUGACAUGGAUUCUUGGAUUCUGCUCUUUCCUGUUUAUGAGGAGCUAGAUAUUAUUAUCAAUUUUUUGAAAAGUGUGAAAAGCCUUGCCAGUUAUCCUUUUAUCCUUGACAUCACAUGUAAAUGCAACUUGUUCCAAAUUUUACAGCAGACACAACCUAUGGCGUUUUUUUUCAAUGGAAGUACACUGUGUGUGAACAGAGAAACGGUGUUGGAUGACACUAUUGCGUACCUGAAAACGAAAAGACAUAAUUUUUCUUUCCCUUUAGAGGUGAAAUUUGCUCUAGAGGCUGGGAUCGAUGACGGGGCUUUGAGUGCUGAAUUCUUCACCCUGCUCGGAAAGAAAAUAGCAAAAGACUCCAGUGUAAUUCAAGCAUCCGAGGACUCAGGCCUCUUCUGGUUCUCUGCUGAUGAUUCAAGUUCAAGUCAGGAGGAAUUGUUCUACAUUGGUGUCAUCUGUGGAAUGGCCUUUUAUAAUCGCGAUUUUAUGUACAUCGGCUUCCCAGUGGCACUGUUUAAGAAGCUUCUGAGCAUCAGACCGACUUUCAGGGACCUGGAGGAGCUGUCACCAGUGGAGGCCAGAAGUCUAAAAAACUUGCUGGCAGAAGAUGAGGAUGUGGUGGAGCAAAUGUAUUUGGAUUUCACAUUGAAAGGAAAAGAGCUCAUUCCAAAUGGAGCAAAAAUCCCAGUCACAAAAGCUAACAGGCAAAAAUACGUGGACUUGUACGUCGACUUUGUUUUUAACAAGUCUGUGGAGAAUCAGUUUAGACAGUUUAAUGAAGGUUUUUCCCGUGGAAACCCUUUUCAUUUAUGGAAAAUAUUCAAGCCUGAAGAGCUCAGAGACUUACUCUACGGCAUGGCUGAAUACGAGUGGAAGGAGCUCCAAAAAGUUGUGACAUAUGAACACUGUGAACCUUCAGAUGAACUCAUCCAGAACUUCUGGUCUGUUUUCUUCGAGCUGGAUGAAGAACACCGGAAGAAGUUUCUGAUUUUCACCUAUGGGAAAGAUCGCUUGCCUCUUGGAGGCCUUUCCAAACUGCCGUUGAAAAUAGUGAGACAGACCUAUGACGAUGCAGAUGACCGCUUCCCCUCGACCCAGACCUGUUACGGAAUUUUGUAUCUUCCGAACUACAGCAACAUCCAAACACUUCGAGACAAACUCAUCCACGCCAUCACUUAUUGUGAAGUCUUUGGACAAGUGUAAAAGUGUGAUGUGUUGGAUCAGGCAUACAAAUGGCAUCUUAUACUGUAUCUGCAUAUAUUAAAAUUAAGUCUUUAAGCUUAGGCCUACAAUGAGAGCUGUGUGUUCAGUAAACCUUCAUAGUUCAAGUUUGCUUCUUGCAGUAACACUGUGUUACGUGUUUUCUGAGUGUAUAUGGGGUUGUAAAGGCAUUUUUUAAUAUUUUGCUGUAUCUACAUGAAAUACAUUACCCUUCAGCCCCAGCAUAACACAUAUCCAUAUCACAUGUCCUAUUAACUUACACUUGUUCUAUGUUACUCCCAAUAGGCUCCCUAUUUAAAUUUGGGUUUCUGUGAAUCUUUUUGUUAAAGUUUUGUUGUUUUUGCUCCUACCAUGAGAUGGUUGUCAUAUAUAUGCCACAGCCUCAUCCGUAGUCUUUUUUCUUUAUCUUGUAUUCAUUGUUGUAUCCAGGUUCUUGUAUUUAUUUAUUUAUUUAUAACCUUUUUUUGGUUGUUUUGAAUGUUACCAAAUAAAAUCAAACUUGGUCUCCGUCUUGUUACGUAUUUUUUGCCUAGCUUCUGGGUCCACGGUUUGUAGUUCUUCAAAAUGUAUAGUAUGUAAAAUGUGUGUAUGGUAUUUCUGUUCAUUUCAUAAUAAACAAUCCUAUUGAAUUUAGUUUUGUCUUAUUAGAGGUUUACUUUACUGUUUUAUUUUAUUUGAAAUAA